AUGGCCACCACGAACAGUGGCCACUCGACCGGCGCAGGAAAAGACGAGGCUGAACUCCGCCGACGAAAUGUGACCAGCUAUGAAAAGGCCAACGGACAACAUGUCUACAAGCUCGAGGCUGAAGAUACAAAGAAACUACAAAAGCCGCAGACGGGCAUUCUGCAAUUCCUCGACGACUGGGAGUUUUUGAUCGCCCCAAUCAUUUUCACAGCGUUUGCCUUGUUCACGAGGCUCUGGCGAAUAGGACUUUCUCCCAUUGUCACCUGGGAUGAGGCUCACUUUGGCAAAUUCGGAUCGCACUACCUCAAGCGGGAAUUCUACUUCGAUGUCCACCCUCCCCUGGGAAAGAUGUUGGUGGGCUUGUCUGGCUACCUUGCAGGAUACAAUGGAUCAUUCGAGUUCAAGUCUGGCGAGACAUACCCCGAAGAAGUCAACUACACCUUCAUGCGGAUUUUCAAUGCCAUGUUCGGCGUCGUCACUGUUCCGCUCGCAUACUACACUGCACGUGAAUUGAACUUCAAACGAACUGCAGUGUGGCUCGUUACUCUCAUGGUGCUGUGCGAAAACUCGUACGCUACCAUUUCUCGGUUUAUUCUACUCGACUCCAUGUUGCUCUGCUUCACCUUUACCACGGUCUUGUGCUGGGCGAGGUUCCAUCGACUCCAACACAAGAGUUUCUCUGUUGAAUGGUUCAUCUGGCUCUUCUUGACAGGCUUGAGCAUCGGAUGCGUGUGCAGCGUGAAGUGGGUGGGACUUUUCGCCACAGCGCUCGUUGGUCUAUACACUGCGGAAGAUUUGUGGAACAAGUUCGGUGAUCUGAAGAUGCCCAAGAUGGAACUUGCAACUCAUCUAGUUGCUCGCGUUGUUGGCUUGAUUGUCAUCCCCAUCAUUGUCUACAUGUUCUCCUUCUGGGUCCACUUCUUGAUCCUGGAGAACUCGGGACCUGGCGAUGCGCAGAUGUCUUCUCUCUUCCAGGCUAACCUCCGCGGCACUGAAGUCGGAAGGGACUCGCCACUUGAAAUUGCAAUUGGAUCCAAGGUCACGCUUAAGAACAUGGGUUAUGGCGGUGGUCUACUGCAUUCCCAUGUUCAGACAUAUCCCGAAGGCAGUGGUCAGCAGCAAGUCACCUGCUACCACCACAAGGAUGCCAACAACGACUGGUUUUUCUAUCCCAACCGAAGUCAACCUGACUAUGAUCCGGAAGGACCAUUGAGCUUCAUCGCCGACAAACAGGUUGUCCGUCUUAUCCAUGCUCAAACUGGCCGAAAUCUCCACUCACACGCCGUUGCGGCCCCCAUUACAAAGGCCGACUGGGAGGUUUCAUGCUAUGGCAACGUUACUGUCGGUGAUGAGAAAGAUCAUUGGCAGAUCGAGGUUGUUAGCGAUGCCGCCUCCUCCGAUAGGUCCCGCAUCCGGACUUUGACCACGGCGUUUAGGCUGAAGCAUAUCGAACUUGGAUGCUAUCUUCGCGCUGGAACUGUCAAUCUUCCUCAAUGGGGUUUCAAGCAGAUUGAAACAACCUGUGUGAAGAAGCCAAGCCCUCGCGAUGUCUACACCCACUGGAACGUUGAAUCGCAUGUCAACGAUAGACUCCCUCCUGGCAACGCUGCAAACUACCGAUCGCCUUUCUUGAAGGAUUUCAUUCAUCUCAACGUUGCCAUGAUGACGUCAAACAAUGCGCUUGUCCCAGAUCCCGAUAAGCAAGAUGAUCUUGCGUCCAAGUUCUGGCAGUGGCCCAUUCUGCACGUGGGACUUCGUAUGUGCUCAUGGGAGGAUCAUGUCACCAAAUACUUCUUGCUCGGCAAUCCGAUCGUGUACUGGGGCUCGACAGCUUCAUUGGGUGUGGUUGGCCUUAUCGUCGCAUGGUACUUGAUUCGUUGGCAGCGAGGCUACAACGAACUCAGCCAAGCAGAUAUUGACCAAAUCCACUACUCAGGGAUCUACCCAGUGAUCGGAUGGUUCUUUCACUACUUCCCCUUCUUGAUUAUGGGCCGAGUCACCUACGUCCACCACUACUACCCAGCCCUAUACUUUGCAAUUCUUGCGGCGGGAUUCUCCUUGGACUGGACCACACGAGGAUUCAACAGCAAGGUGCGAUGGGGCCUCUAUUUCGUCUUGUAUGCUGUGGUCAUUGGAUUGUUUGUUCUCUUCAGCCCGGUUGUAUUUGGGAUGCAGGGAAGCAAUCGACAAUACGCAUACCUCCGAUGGUUUGAUCGAUGGAGGAUUUCGGACGCCAAAAUGGGGGAGGAUGCUUGA